GAUUUUGAUAGUAGCAUUAUUUCUUUUCCUUGGGACCUUUUGACCAGCUGAGAUCCAAAUGGAAUUUCACAUAGAAGAGACACUGAAGGAGACAGAGGAAAGACAUGCUGAGCAUGCUUACCUGAAACGAGAACAUGAAAGCAAAUGGAAGGAAGUGUCAGCAAAUGGAGAAUGAAAGAGAGAACAUCAUUAUUGUGGCACUGUGGCCAUCCAUAAAGCAGUAAAACCAUGCAGCCGUAAAACCGUACAGAAGGCACUGCUGGAGAUGGGAUACUGAGCUAGACGGACCUUUAAUUUGACCUGCUACAUGUUAUCAGAAAGUCUGGGUAUGAGAUUCCCCGUUCCACAGUUCAAGCAUUGAAACUUUCAGCCUGAACAAUGGAAUUUAUAGAAAGCAACAGAGUACAUCUCAUUCAAAGAAUGGGAAUGAUCACUGUCAAGCAAAUAGCAGAUGACCUUUUGGCCUGCAAUGUCAUGUCUUAUGAGGAAGUGAAUACCAUUGCCUGUGAAAGGGUUGAACAAGAAGCCUCAAGAAUGAUGAUUUACAUGAUUUUGAAUAAGGGUUCAGCAGCCUGCAAUAUUUUGGUUAAGUCACUUGAGAAACACAACCCUUUUCUCUUUCAUGACCUGCAAGGAUAUUGUACUACCAGGCAAGUGGAACAAGAUAAAUUAAGUGACUUGAUUCAGGAUUUAAAGUAUGUGUAUCUAUCUUCAGCUUUUCAAAAAUAUCAUCCUCUGGGUAGCGAUAUUGACAUAAUUUUUGAUUUGGGAACUGCCUAUACCGACAUCUUGCUGUGGAAAAAAGAUAUACAUAAUAGCAGGAAAGGGCAGCUGACGCUAAAUGUCCUGCUGGAGGAAUUGAAAAAUCCCUGCAUUAUAGAAGGAGAAGCUGGCAAAGGAAAAACAACUCUUCUAAAAAGAAUUGCGGUACUCUGGGCUUCUGAAAAUUGCUCUGCUUUGAAAAAAUUCCAGUUUGUUUUCUUUAUCAGCCUGACUAGCACAAGAGGUGGAAUUUAUGAGACUGUCUGUGAUCAGCUUCUUUUUGAACAAUACCCCAUCUGCAAACAAGAUUUCAUGAAAAUGCUGCUAGCACAAAGACAAAGGGUUCUUUUUCUGUUAGAUGGGUACGAUGAAUUCAAACCCCCAAACUGUCCAGAGAUAGAAGCAAUGAUUAAAGAAAACCACAAAUUCAAGAACGUGGUUAUUAUUGCUACCAGGACUGAGUCUAUCCAUAAAAUCAGACAGUUUGGGUCAUUGAUUGCUGAAAUAGGAGACCUAUCGGAGGAGAGUUGCAAGAAGCUCAUUAAAAAUGUCUUGACAAAUAAGCUGGCUGAUGGCCUGUUAAACCAGCUUACAGAGGCCACUUCCAUGAAGAACCUUAUGAAGACACCACUCUUUGUCAUCAUUGCUUGUGCCAUCCAAAUGGGUGAAAGUAAUUUUCAUCCAAGCACCCAGACUCUACUUUUCUCUACUUUGUAUGACUUGAUGGUGGAGAAAAACAGAUACAAAACAAAAGAAAUAACAGAAAAUCAUAUUAUGCUGAGCAUAAGUCAUUGUGGAGACUUAGCUUUAGAUGGAAUAUUUGAUCAAAGAUUUGAUUUUCAGUCUGAGGAUUUAGCUGACAUAAAAGAAGAAGUCCUGCUAGCUUCAGGUCUUCUCAAUAAAUACACAGCUCAAAGACUAAAGCCAACAUAUAGAUUCUUUCAUAAAUCAUUUCAGGAAUACACUGCAGGCAGAAAACUUUGCGAACUACUGACAUCCUCCCAAGAAGCAGAGGUGAAGAAAGGGUAUAGUUAUCUACAGAAAAUUAAUACUAUUUCCGAUAUUACUAAUACUUAUUUCAACUUGCUCCUCUACACUUGCGGAUCCUCUCUAGAUGCCACUAGAAUAAUUUUGGACUUACUGAAAAGAGUUGAUCAGCAUAGAGAUAUUUCUGAAAAGAAUCUGGCUUUGGAAAGAGAAUACACAAAAAAAUCAGAAAAUAUAACAGAAAAGGAAGAUUUAAAAAGAACUGAUAAGGAUAUUUUUGCGGAGUGUGUCAUUAAUUUCUUUUAUGAAAGUUCUUCAAAAUCAGCCUUGAGCAGAGAUUUUGAAGAGUUUUUUUAUGAUAAAAGUAUUUUCAUUAAUACUCAAAAUAUCCCAACUUAUUUCUCUGAUUUUUUUAGAUACUUACCAAAUUGUCUUAGUGUACUAGGACUCAUUAAGUUAGAUUUUUUUGGAAAUUACUCAUCAAAUAAGGAAAUAGACCAUGGGAAUGUGGAAGAUCUUCAAAUUAGUUCACUUAAAACUUACAUUCCUGAAAAGGCUGUCUCCUUAUUCUUCAACUGGAACCAGAGUCUCAGAUCUUUAGAAAUUACACUGCAAGAUUUCAACAAGUUAAAGAAACGUGAUAUUAAAUAUCUGGGUAAAAUAUGUUGCUCUGCUGAAAGCCUCAAGCUGCACAUCAGCAACAGUGCUGGUAUCACAGGAACAUUGAAAGAAGUCCUUGAAACCUGUAAAAACCUACAAGAUCUUACUGUGGAGUCCACUCCUCUUACUGUGGAAGAUGAGCAACAGAUCACAGCCAUGACAAAGCUGAAAACCUUACAUAUAAGAGAUCUGCAAAGUGAAAAUCUAGAAGGUGGACUUAUUGAUGGAAUAAAGAAACUUGUGAAUGCUGAAGGGCUUGUACUUGAGCGCAUAAGUAUGGAUGAAGAUGAUGGAAAAAAAUUUGCUGAAGGUAUCAGAAAUUUGAGAAAGCUACGCUUAUUAUACAUGAAUCAUUUGACAGCCAUUGGGGAUGGCAUAACGUGCAUUGUAAGAGCAGUCUCUGAUGAACUAAGUGAACUUGAAGAAAUCCAACUAGUCAACUGCUGUAUCUCCAGUGAUGCUGUGGAAAUUCUAGCUCACAGUCUUUGUAAUUUGCCAAAACUGAAUGUACUUGAUUUGUCGGAAAAUGACUUAGAAAAGAAAGGAAAAGAUGCUAUCCACAGACUUGUUGAUGGCUUAAGUGUCCUACCUGGGAUGAAAGUGCUGAUGCUUCCCUGGGGAGAUGAUGUGAAGGUUUGCCUAACAAAAUUGUUAGAACUACUGGAAACAAUGCCACAGCUGACAAAACUUGGACUGCGGAAAUGGAGCCUCACUGAUGUGGAGGUCAGAAUUCUAGGCAACUUUUUUGAGAAAGAACACCUGCAGAACCUUCAGCACUUGGACUUGGCAAUGAAUUGUGUGACAAGCGAUGGCUGGCUUUCCUUCAUGCAGCCACUGAUCUCUCUCAAGAAGCUGGUAUCUGUAGAUUUCAGCAGCAAACAAGACUGGGUGCCUGCAUCACUGUUAGUCUGCAAAUUAAGUCAGGUACUAACCACACUGAAUUAUUUAAAGGAGAUUAAAGUGACUGGAUGGAAGUUUGAUUGCCACGAUCUCGGACUUAUUAAUGAUGCAAAGAUAAACUGCAGAAAACAAUUUCAGCUAGUGUAUUCUUAAAGAGAAUGAGCUUUCCCAGCGGAAGUGUCCCAGCAGACAUUUUCCACGGAGCUUUCACUUACAAUCUUUCAUAUUUGAGAAAUGCUUUUCUCUAUAACCACACAUUAAAACAGCAGCUCUAGGGUUAUUUGGGUCUUCUGGUCUGCUAGUGAGACUGGAGUGAGAAUAGUAUCACAUCCUCUUCUGGGGGAAAUUGGUCAAAAGAAAGUAAGGGAGAGAUCACCUUGCAUUAGCCCUGAAUCCUGCGACCUGUAAUGCCUCUCAGCCUUUAAAUGGUUUCAAGGAGUGUUCCCUUUAUCUGUGUGUGCUUUCCAUGAGCUCAUUUUUAUUAGCUUUGAAGUUAGCUGUGUAGAUUAAGGAAAGCUCUUAAUAAAAAGUUAACAAAGUCUACAACUUGAUGGAUAAUAGGUAGGUGUUUUACCAGUUGUUUUUUUUUCCAGUUAGAUAGUAUAGUUGUUUGACCUAGCACAGAGAAGCUUUUCCUACUGGCAGGCCAAUUCUAGUAUAGUUACAUCUCUGUAAUACACUACAGGAAAAUUUAUUGCAGAGACAGAAUACGCCAAUGAAAAGUUAGACCUCUAAAAUAGCAACAGUACGUUUAGAGCAUUUUAGCUCUACAAAAGAGGGCAUGGUCACACAAGCGACUGUGAAUUAAACAGAGAUGUAAACAAGAGCUCUUCUGCAGUUGCUAGCCACAAACAAAUCCUUACUCCACAGCAAAACACCAGAUAGAUAGCUUAUUUCAAGUGACUUUUAGCAUCUUUAAUCUACCACCAUUUUGGUUUGUAAAAAGGUCAACAUUUAUUGCUUUCUGUCACAGUAAGCAUGUGGUAAGAGUUUACACAUGGACAUUAUCACGAAGUUGCAGGUGUGCUUUUAAGUUCCUUCUGUGGUGAAAAGAAAUACAGUGUUUUCCCUGUAGUUAGGAUCCUUUAAAGGUAUGAUCUCAAUUCAGCAAAGCACUGAAAUCAGUGAAAAUGCUUAAGUUGUAUCUAUUGACAAAAUCUGAUACAGGGUAGAAAAUACUUUUUUGUUUUCCAUGCAAAACUCUACAUCAAAAAUAUAAAACAAAAACUGAAUAAAUCUGAGUAAAAUAGAAAAAUGGAUUUAAAAUUACUAGGAUGCAUCUGUGAAAACAGACAUAGAUUUCUGUAGUAAAUACUUAUUUUUUAUUUUGACACAGAAAGGAGAUCUCAAAAUAACACAGUUUAAAGAAGAUAGAUAGUCUCAUCAACACUUAUGAAUUUCAGUCCUUUCAAUUUCUUAGUUGCUUAGCAAGGCAACUUUGUGCUUCAAAGCUCUAUUUCAGAUUGCUCAAUAUGUGAAAGAAUAACCAAGCUCUUGUCAGUUCCUGCAUCUCUCUUUCCCACAGACAUAUUUGGUUUCUUUCCUUCCUAGUCCCUCAGCAGACUAUACUUCUCGCCAAAGACUGUACUUAAUGUUGUUUACAGUAGAAACAAUGAAAAAUUGAAUAAAUUAGAGAGACCAUUUUUAUUCUGCGUAUUCCUUUGUUUAUUCUUUAUCAUUGGCACCUGAUGCUGCAGGCCCAGACAAAUUUCUUGCCCUCCACAGCUGUGUUCUGUAAGAAAAAAACAGUAGAAAUGCACGCUCUCUAUUUCUGGUGGAUAUUGAAUUGCAACAUACUGUGUGUUCUUGUCUUGAGAUGUAUAAAUCCACUCUGACAGUUAAGACAUAUGAUACAAAACCAAAGAGCUCUAUUAGGCCUCGUAAUGAAUGUACUAGGAUGUGGACAGGUGUUUGAAACAACCAACAUAUCUUCAAAGGACUUCGUUUUCCAUUUAAAGGUAGUUGCGAAAACACAGAUCUAGAAAGCAGCUGACAGAAAAGGGUUAAUAGCUAUUGCUGGACCUGAAGAAGGAAGUGUGGGUAGGCCAGGCAGGCGGCCUUGUAAGAACAAGGUGUUUGACAGACGAUGGUAAAGGUAUCAGUCCUGGAGCUUGAAUGGAGAUGGGCAAUCCCUUUUUUAGGAUGAUUGCAAUUAAGGCACCUUAGGAAAAAACUUAGGGAGCAAACCAGGAGCUUGGUCAAGAUGCUGAGAAAUUAGAAUGACCAAGAAAACAGUUACUUUGUAUUCCACGUGGCUGUGCAGUUUUGUUGCCAGUUGGCAUCUGGGACUUAAUAAGACCAAGCUUGAAACCUGAGCUACAGAGCAGGCAGAUGAGGGCUUAUGUCUGAUGCUGUGCCAAAACCCAAAGGACUGUGCGAGCACUGAGGCAAUCACCUUCCUGGAGCUCUAAUUGGGUUAUGUAAAGUUUUUUAGUGGAGAAAAGGAAAGGAGAACAGAACUGAAAAGCCAGUCCUUGAAGUCACGAAAAUGAACAAACGAUGUCGCUCAGAUAGUUGGGGACAAAUCUGUACAAGUUUGAUUUGACAGUGCUAUCAAAUUGAACUGCUGACUUCACUUGGUUUUAGGCUCUCGUGCUAUUCAGCCUUAUUCUUCCAGUCUGAAGACCUUUCUGUUUUCUAUGAAAAAAAUGAACAAAA